UUGAAGCCAAUCCAACCGCACACAACACCCGCACACACAUGCAGCAACGGCCUUUUAGAACCAUCUCAAUCACCCCCAAGUCAUCAUCAAUCUUCAUCUUCAUCUCUCUCUCUCUCUCUCUCUCUCUCUCUCUCUGAAAAGACAAUGGGGCUUGGCUCUUGUAGCUUUGUAUCAUCAUUGCCUCUUGCUCUUGUCCUCGUUUCCUGCCUUAACGGAGCGAUCGAUGCCAAAGCCGCACCACCAGAAGUGAGCGGCUGCAACGUCUUCCAAGGAAGUUGGGUUUACAACGAUAGCUAUCGCCCUCCCUACGACAGCGCAACGUGUCCGUUCCUCGAGACAGAGUUCGACUGCCAGAAGAACGGACGUCCAGAUCAUCUCUACCUUGGAUACACAUGGAAGCCAAGUGCCUGCGAAUUGCUGAGAUUCGAUGGAGAAGAUUUCGCGAGAAGAAUGAAAGGAAAGAAGAUACUAUUCGUGGGUGACUCUCUAAGCCUCAAUCAGUGGCAAUCCCUCACUUGCAUGCUGCAUGUUUCGUUUCCCAGCUCCAACUACACUCUCAAUCGAGCAGGAGAUGUGUCCACCUUUGACAUACAUGACUAUGGUAUUUCUGUGGUGCUAUCUCGAAAUGCGUUUCUGGUCGACGUAGUAAAAGAGAAGAUAGGAAGAGUUUUAAAGCUUGAUUCGAUCGUCAAUGGCAAUGCGUGGAAAGGAUACGACAUGCUCAUCUUCAACACUUGGCACUGGUGGCUGCACACGGGCAGAAAACAACCGUGGGACUACAUUCAGCAAGGAGAGACAAUACGCAAAGACAUGGACCGUUUGGUUGCUUUCAAGGAGGGACUCACUACAUGGUCGAAGUGGGUGGAUUCUAACAUCGAUCCUGCCACGACCACAGUGAUCUUCCAAGGCAUAUCUCCCACUCAUUACAACGGCAAGGAGUGGAACGAGUCCAGCACGACUACCUGCGACGGGCAAACCCAGCCCAUUUCAGGGUCCGAGUACCCGGCGGGUCCCCCGCCACCGGUAACAGUCGUGAAUGAGGUGCUCGGCAAGAUGGCGACGGAGGUGACUCUUCUCGACAUAACGAAGCUAUCACAGCUCAGGAAAGAUGGACACCCAUCAGCCUUCGGGUCCGAAGGCCAUCAAGGGAACGACUGCAGCCACUGGUGCCUCGCCGGUGUGCCCGAUACUUGGAAUCAAUUGCUCUACACCAUCCUCGUCAAUAGAGUCGAUCCAACUUCGUCGGGAGCGACCAAACGGUACCCAACGGCCAGAAGCCAAAUGCUUUUCGUCUUUCCAUUGUGCGUCUUCGCAACUUUUGAGAACUUCUCAAUCUAUCUUCGUCCACAAAAGCCGAAAGAACAUUUGUAGAUUCAUUGAGCAUAAAGUGACCGGACAAGGGAAAUAUGUUUUACUUCACUUGCCAUACUGUUCGUAAUAUUAGGAAUUAAAAUUCCUGUAGAGAAUACCCGCAUCCUUUUCUAGAGAGAAUGUACGAGUUAUUUUCGGAUCCAAUAUUGAUCGAGUCUACUUCAAUGGGUA